AUGUCCGGGGCGGAGGUGCUUGCCGUUGUAGCCUGCGUAGCAGCCAUCGUCUCCGCCUACCGAGAUGGAAGCGAGCUCUAUCAGUCCAUGAAAAAGAAAUGGGACCGACGACACCCGAAGGAAAAGGCUUCUUCGAAUGACCUCGAGCGCUCCUUGAUCCGCGGCCAGGAGGAAAUCCUCACACACUGGAACGCCCACGUAUCACGACUCGGACGCCGAUAUGAGGAGGGGGAUACUAUAUCGCGGGAGCAGAUGAAGGAUAUUGUGAUCACGUUGCAGGGGAUGUUAUUGACGCAUCUCAGUCGUGCGGUUGAUAAUGGAGUCAGCCUGGAUGUUAUGGCUGUCUUGCUUGCCUCAGAUCAUGGUCGGAGCCGUACCAUCUCUGUGCUCCAUGAUUUAUACCAGCGGAUCGCGCAGUCAGCGCCGAAUCAAUGGCCGGUUGGUGGCGGUGGGGCUGUUUAUGCCACUGUCGAUCCCGCUUCGAGUAUUGGGUAUUAUAUCCAGUUGUUAGAUCAGGGGCGCUCAUCGUCGCAGUCAAGAGAGGCGGCGUGGCUGGGUGGUUUUCCUGCUACACCUGUCAUGGCUUUUCCGGGUCAGUUAUCUGGGCAGCCGGCAGAUAUUGUUGGUUUAUGUAGACACGGUGAGCUGUCUAGUCCACCGCAAGGAGAGAAAAAGUCGUCUGGUUUUGUGACAGCCAUUAACUCGCUGUUGGGACAUCGUCCCAAGCGUGAAAGUGCUGAUCGGUCCUCGAACGGCUCGGUGACACACUUAGUGGCCUCGCCAGACCAUACACCUCAGCCUGGUAUAUCUGUUCCUCAGCGCGCAAACCCGGAGAUGAUCGUCACAGCAGAACACCCUGACAAUGCCGACACGAAGUUCCGGCCCAAGCGACCCUUCGAACGAAAAUCUCGUCGAAAUCUGUCUGAGAUGGAUGAAAUCACCGACAGUAUGACCCGCCAGCUGAAAUGGAAUCCGUGGACAAAUGACGGGAGAUCCGAAUGUGGGAGAGAUUCUGACACCGAGCUGUCAGACGCGGAGGUCUCUCCUACAACAGAUGAGCCUCCCAAGCUAGGCAAACGGGAAGAUCCGGAUCGUCUUGAAAACCAAAUCCCGCCUACUUUAGCUCCCCCACCCGCCUCGGUGAUCUCCGAUCAUACCACGCACUCCAGCGCUCCGACCAUCCACCUUCGCAGAUUAUCAAGAGGUCAAUACUGGCCCCCAAGUAAAGCCAACAAGUACUCCGGGUUCUGCAAGGGUGCCUGGAAGCUCAGCUCCGGCCUUGGGGGAUUUAAGGUCCACUCCGAGCCCGUCGGCUACUAUUUCCUUAUGCCCAAAUGGCGCUGCUACCGCUGUUAUUUCGGUAUGCCGCUUGCGCCGCGGGCGGGUAGUGACGGACGGGAUCUACAAUUCGACCAGAAAAUCUAUCUGGAUAAGUCAACGGGGAUCCGUUACCGUUGGCCUUUUCUGGCCAAAUCGCAUCUCCCGUAUACGAGGCCUGGAGCGUCGGCUUCGACACAUAUCAAUGGCACAUUUGGGUGUAUAAUCUGUUGUGCUGAACUUGAUAUUGUUGCACCGACGAUGAACUCUUUGGAUGAGUUUAUGGCGCAUCUGGGGGAGCAGCAUCGAAGUGUAGAUUCGGCUUUGUUGGAGCGGACCCGCUGUGUUGUGGGGAGAGUGGCUUUGGACGAGGAAGAUUUUGAUAUCAACAUUCCGCCAGCUCGAGUCGUGACUCUUGAAUGA